UGAGAUGGAAGCAAAGAGAAAGCAAGAAGAAGAAGAGAGGAAGAAAAGGGAAGAUGAUGAAAAACGUAUUCAGGCUGAAGUGGAGGAGCAGCUGGCCCGACAGCGGGAGGAGGAGUCCCAGCAGCAAGCGGUGCUGGAGCAGGAGCGUAGGGACCGCGAGCUGGCCCUGAGGAUCGCCCAGAGCGAAGCAGAGCUCAUCAGUGACGAGGCCCAGGCGGACCUGGCGCUCCGCAGAAUUAAUGGAGCAAGACCCAAAAUGACACCGGAACAAAUGGCGAAAGAAAUGUCAGAAAUCUUGAGUAGAGGUCCUGCUGUACAAGCCACCAAGGCAGCUGCUGGUACCAAGAAACAUGAUCUUAGUAAAUGGAAAUAUGCAGAGCUACGUGAUACCAUCAAUACUUCUUGCGAUAUUGAGCUCCUGGCAGCUUGCAGAGAAGAAUUUCAUAGGAGACUAAAAGUGUAUCAUGCUUGGAAGUCCAAGAACAAGAAGAGAAAUACUGAAACAGAGCAACGUGCUCCAAAGUCUGUUACUGAUUAUGGUAAAAACAAAUCUGUACUUUGGAAUGUACUAUACAUAAGACAUUUGGGUGAAGUGUCCAAUAUAAAUUUUUUCUUAUAUAGAACUGUGGUCCACUGAACCUAACACAACCAC